UCUCUCGUUAUGGAUAUGAUUUAGUGAAUCAGAGAGCUCUCAGACUUCCGGAACACAGCUAUGGCUGCUAGUGUCUCUACGGCUUUGGAUUUCCAUUUCACUUUGACACAUUCAUCUGACGCAAAGAGACCCUUUCUGUUCUCGUCUUCCAGACAACAACCCACCAAGAGAUUCACCAUUCUCUGCGUCUCCUCCACCACCAAAUCUUCUCCUGAUGCAGCAACAGAAGCCGAAGCAGAACCCCCACCACAAAACCCAUCCCUAUCCGACCAGCUGAAGCCCCUCUCCCUCAAUCUCCUCUCUGAGACCAAGAGAAACAAACAACCCCAACUCCAAUCCAAGCCCAAUUCCACCUGGGUCAAUCCCUCUAGACCUAAACGAUCUGUCCUAACCCUUCAACGCCAUAAACGCUCUUCUCGCUCUUAUAGCCCUCAACUCCGAGACCUUAAGCUCUUCUCUCGCAAGCUUAACGACUGUGAACCCUCUGAAAUCGCCCUUUCUGCUGCUCUCCAAGAGAUCCCUCACCCACCCACUAGAGAUAACGCGCUUUUAGUCCUCAACAACUUGAAGCCAUGGCAAAAAACCCUCUUUUUCUUCAAUUGGCUCAAGACCCAGAACCUUUUCCCCCUUGAAACCAUCUUCUACAAUGUCACUAUGAAGUCAUUGAGGUUCGGGAAGGAGUAUCAGCUCAUUGAAGACCUUGCCCAUGAAAUGAUCGACACUGGAGUUGAGCUAGAUAACAUCACUUACUCCACUAUCAUCACUUGUGCCAAGAGAUGCAAUCAAUUGGAUAAGGCCGUCGAGUGGUUUGAGAGGAUGUACAAGACCGGUUUAAUGCCUGAUGAGGUUACUUAUUCUGCUGUUUUAGAUGUUUAUGCCAAGCUGGGGAAGGUGGAGGAGGUGUUGACAUUGUAUGAGAGAGGGAGAGCUAGUGGAUGGAAGCCUGACUCAGUUGCUUUCUCUGUUUUGGGGAAGAUGUUUGGUGAGGCUGGGGACUAUGAUGGUAUCAGAUAUGUCUUGCAAGAGAUGAAAUCUGUUGGGGUUGAACCCAAUUUGAUUGUUUACAACACUUUGCUUGAAGCAAUGGGUAAGGCUGGAAAGCCUGGUCUAGCUAGAAGCCUCUUUGAGGAGAUGGUUGCAUCUGGUCUUACCCCUAAUGAGAAAACACUAACAGCCCUGGUCAAGAUUUAUGGGAAGGCUAGAUGGAGUCGUGAUGCUUUGCAACUCUGGGAGUCGAUGAAAUCAAACAAUUGGCCUAUGGAUUUCUUCCUCUAUAACACAUUGUUGAGCAUGUGUGCUGAUCUUGGGUUAGAAGAGGAAGCUGAGAAGCUCUUUGAAGAUAUGAAGCAGUCGGAACACUGUCGGCCAGAUAGUUGGAGCUACACUGGAAUGAUGAACAUAUAUGCUAGUGGGGGAAAGGCCGAGAGGGCACUGAAGUUGUUUGAAGAAAUGUCUGAGUCAGGUGUUGAGCUCAAUGUGAUGGGUUGCACUUGCUUGAUCCAAUGCUUAGGAAGGGCCAAGAAGAUUGAUGAUCUGGAGAGGGUGUUCUUGGUAUCUAUUGGGAGGGGGAUUAAGCCUGACGAUAGGCUUUGUGGUUGUUUGCUGUCUGUUUUGUCCUUCUGUGAGAAAGAUGAGGAGGUGAACAAGGUCCUUGCUUGCUUGGAGAAGGCUAAUCCUAAGCUGGUUUCCUUUGUUAAACUGCUGGGACAAGAGCAAACUAGCUUUGAUGAGAUCAAAGAGGAGCUUAGGGGUAUACUCAAUGAAGCAGUUAUUGAAGUCAGGAGACCUUUUGUUAAUUGCUUGAUCGACAUCUGUCGAAACUGGGAUCUCCAUGAAAGAGCUCAUGAGCUGCUAUACUUAGGAACCCUUUAUGGGUUAUACCCUGGUCUACAUAACAAAACUUCAAGAGAGUGGUCUUUGAACCUUAGAUCCUUAUCAGUGGGUGCAGCUCACACUGCCUUCGAAGAGUGGAUGGGGGCUGUAUCGAAAGUGGUAGAGGGUCAGAAGGAGACGUUGCCAGAACUAUUUUCUGCCCACACUGGUGCUGGAACUCAUAAGUUUGCUCAGGGAUUGGCAAUUGAAUUUGCUUCUCAUUUGAAGAAACUCGCCGCACCAUUCAAGCAAAGCGAGGAGAAAGCUGGUUGUUUUGUGGCAACUAGGGAGGACUUGAUAUCCUGGUUUCGUUCCAGUGUUCCAUCUGUAGCUUGUUAGUGCCUGUACCACCAUUUUGCUUGAGUUCUUGUACUGCUACUGCUAUAAAACUAAGAUCUAUGGAAUGAAGCCCAGUGAGUUCUUCAAGUGGAAA